UGACCGAGUCGUGGGCCGGCGGCCGCGCACCGUAUUUCGCCGCUCUCUGCAAAUCUCCGCGUCCCCUUCAGGGCGAGCCGAGCUCUUCCGCGAGGCCGAGGAAGCGCGUCGAGCCCUAUGAUGAAAACGUACAGCAGAAAGAAGGGCGACAGCCCGAGCAACGUGAUCAUCCAUGUGAACGAGCUGUGCCGACUGUGCCUGGCCAAGGAGGAGGAGAUGGUGCCGAUUUUCGACGACGACGCCGUACCCCUGCCGCUGCGAAUCAUGGCUUGCGUCAAUUUAGAGGUGUAUGAAGAGGACGGUCUGCCGAACAUGAUUUGCCAUCCUUGUAAGUACCAGCUGGAGAAGUCGUAUCAAUUCAAAAAGAAGUGCGAAGCUGCAGACACAAAGCUCCGCAAGCACAUGAAGUUGAUACAACAGCUUACUGGUCAAGAUGAAGACGAAGAGCGACAAGAAGGAGCCGGAGAUGACAUUAUAGAAACAUCGAGCGGUGGAAAGUCGAAGCAAGUGAAGCAGUUGCUCGCAGACUUGGUGUCCAGUAAAGGAGACACCAGUCAAGAGGAUGGAGAUCCGAUUGAAGUUACGGAAGAAGAACUCGUCGGAGGAUACAUUCUAGGGAUGAACUCCGAAAAUGCUGACAUCGAGGAAACUAUGUCAGAAGGACCGGAAAACAUUACCCUGAUACCUGCCGAGGAGAGGACGGCAAAAGCACGUUGUACAAUGCGUGCCACUCGGAUAAAGCAAGAACAAGAAUCGGAAGACGAGGCUGAAGAGGUUCAGAGAGCUAUUGCUAAUGCUGAACACAAGAACGUAUACAUGAUGGAACUGACUAGCAAUAGUACCGGACAUGGAGAGUCACUAAAGUUGCAACCAAUUGGACAGACGCUAGGCGUCAACGAGGAGCUCAAAGUAUUCCAGUGUGACAAGUGUCCUAAGGCUUUCACCAGAAGGAUAAUGUUGAAGAGCCACCAGUCGGUACAUUCCACGCAAAGAGGGUUCACAUGCCAAGCUUGCGAGAAGUGGUUCCCAACUAGGUCUGCCUUGAUAAGACACGAACGCACGCACACAGGUGAAAAGCCCUUCGGCUGCAACAUUUGCCAUCGAGCGUUCGCCCAGAAGGAGAUCUUGUUGCGACACUUGAUGACCCAUUCUGGCCAGAAACCGUUCCAGUGUCAACAUUGUGAGAAGAGCUUCACGCAACGCGAGGCUCUGAAAGUGCACAUGAGGCGUCAUCAGAAGCUCAAUCCUAAUGACAUUCAGCUCCAUCAUUGUCAGCUUUGUCCUAAAGCUUUCUGCCACGCUUCGGGACUAAGCAGGCACCUCGUCACGCACACGGGAAGAACCUACAAGUGCGUCGAGUGCGAGAAAACCUUCACCGACAAGAGCUCCCUCCUCAGGCACAGUCGAAUCCACGCACCCAAGAAACUCCUGACAAACUGAACUGUCGAGUGUGAUCGUUAACUGUUAAGUCGAAACUGUACAUCGUCUUCGGUCGGCCUGUUCCCGAAUUUCGAAUCAACGCGCUCCUCGGAUCUCCGGACUAAUAUUGGGAUCUCUCGACGCGCGCAAUUGGCGAGCGCGGUCCUUCCGUCAUUUUUUUCCUCUAUUUUCUUUUUUUUCAACCCGACUGGUAGUCGUUCAUCUUUAGGAAGUACAGAGGACCUUCGUUCUCUACGUAGAAGUCGCAUGUACGGUGUACCUACUAUUGGCCCUGCCUGUGCAUUUGUAUAAAUAUAAAUACAUCGGAAGGUAUCUCGCUCGGAUCACAAAUCACUGUUGGGAGAGCACGAGGAUGCAUCCUGUCGAGGGCCGGAAACGUCUCAACUAGACCAUAUGUAUAUUUAACGAGAUCAUGGUAGUUUUUAUGUCGCUAAAGAUAUUUCGUGUAUAAUGUAAGGAUGAUUGUAAUAACGAGAGAAAUUAUCUGGAGGGUAUCUUCGCGGACCCGUUUCACUUUCCUCAUGGGUCGAGGCGCAAAUAAUGUGUAUCGUAAGAAUAACAAGGAGUCGUAUAAACAGCUAAUUAUCGAGACGCCAAGUGCACGUUAAUUAACUUCGUACUUUACAUGUGUACAUAACGCAAUAUAUUCUGUCAAGUUGGUCCGCC